UAUAAGUUUCCUCUUCUCGCCUCACUCCUCGUCUGCUUAUUUCUCAUCUGGACAGUAAGGGACACGUCGACCACCUGUCAACAUGCUGGGGAUCCUCUGCACGCUCAUCACUGCUCUCACAUAUGUGGAUGCAGUUAUAGUGUUGAGCCAGACGCCUGCUGACCACACGGUUUCUACAGGACAAGAGGUUGUUCUCAACUGCAACAUUGGGAGAUUUGACGGCAAUUACGUUCGGUGGUAUAAACAAUUCCCUGGUGGAGUUCCUCAGUAUGUUCUGGCUUUUGUACAUUCUGGCAGUUCACUCAGGUUUGGAGCAGGAUUCUCUGCAGACCGAUUCAACUCUAAAUCCUCAUCCACCUUAGAUUACCAGUUCAUUAUCAAACAGGCAGAGGCAGGAGACUCUGCUCAGUAUUUCUGUCAGACAUGGGACGACUCUGCUAAUGCUGCUGUAUUCGGACCAGGGACCAGGCUGACUGUAACAAGCUCCAGCCUCUCUCCUCCGGUCCUGACAGUCUUCCCUCCGUCCGCUGCUCAGCUGCAGUCCAACAAAGCCACUCUGGUCUGUCUGUCCAGUCAGUCUGUGCCUUUUGCAGAUGUGACCUGGUCGGCUGGUGGGAGUCCAGUGAGCGCUGGGAUCUCUACCAGCACCGCUGUUCACAAACCAGACCAGACUUUCCAAAUCAGCAGCUAUCUGGACAUCCAGACGUCAGACUGGAACAUGGAUAAGGUCUACACGUGUAAAGUGUCUUUGGGGUCUCACACUGCAGAGAAAAACAUCAAGAAGUCCGGCUGUUCCACUGGAGAAUAGCAGAGGACCAGAAUGACCGUUUCACAUCUGCUUCUUUGCUGUUUGUGCUGAUUCUGUUUUUACAAAGUUUAGAUAUUAGAAAGUGUCCGCAUAUUUGUAAUAAUGUUGUGACAGUUAAGUAGGUCAUUUUUUCCCCUUCUGCUUUGCAAUUGAUCCACGAAAUAAAUGGAUAAAAAAAAA